CCGCCACACCUGCAGGUGUCGCUGUGACGUCAGAGCGACGAGCAUCCGGAUGUGUAGCUGAGGAUGACGUCACGGCAGUAUGGCGACAGGCUGCAGAGACCUUCAGUGUUUCACAUGUUUGUCAACUUGAUAGAAAUGCCAGUCUUUAGUUGUUUACUCAGAUAAGCUACUCGGAACAAUCAGACAGUAGUCGUCGGUGCCAAGGUCUGGAUCUGCCAUGGAGCCCAUAAUGAAUCAGAUUUGGCCGAGAGUCUUCCAGCGGCUCCACAGAACCUCAGUACUUCUCCGGAGGAACCAUUCAGGAUGUGCUGAGCACGCCGCUGUUCCUGCCUCCACCAGCUCCAGACAUGUCAGGCCCACACUCCUGGUGUCCCGCCUCUACCAGCCCUCAAACCUGCGUGAUGUGGGGCAGGACAGCCGGCUGCAAGGAGAGAUGACCUGUAAGAGUCAAAGGCUCAUGCAGCAGGCCGGCCUCAUCCAUCCGUCCAACCCCGGCUGUUACUACUACCUUCCUGCCACCGUCCGCUCCAUGGAGAAGCUGGUGAGAGUAAUUGACCAAGAGAUGCAGGGUAUCGGUGGGCAGAAGCUGGACAUGCCCAGUUUGUGCUCAGCUGAUCUUUGGAAAACCAGUGAGCGUUGGGACUUGAUGGGAAAGGAGCUGUUCCGUCUGAAAGACCGCCACGGAGCCAACUACUGCCUGGGCCCCACACAUGAGGAGGCAGUGACGACGCUGGUCGCUCACCAGACGACUCUCUCCUACAGACAGCUUCCUCUGCUUCUUUAUCAGAUCACCCGCAAAUUCAGAGAUGAACCAAAGCCGAAGUUUGGUCUUCUUCGCGGGAGGGAGUUCUACAUGAAAGACAUGUACUCAUUUGAUGUGAGUGAAGAAGCAGCUUACGAGACAUAUGAAUCUGUGUGCCAGGCGUACACCAGGCUCUUCGCCCGGCUGGGUCUGCGUUGCGUUCAGGUGCAGGCGGACACGGGCAACAUCGGCGGUAAACUCUCCCACGAGUUCCAGCUGCCAGCAGACAUCGGUGAGGACCGGCUUCUGGUCUGUGGGAGCUGCUCCUUCUCUGCUAAUGUAGAGACCAUGUCAUCAGACACAACUGACUGCCCACAGUGCAAAACUGGCACACUGGUAGAGUCAAAGGGUAUAGAGGUCGGCCACACCUUUUAUCUUGGUAAAAAGUACUCUCGUAUAUUCAAUGCCACCUUUAGCAAUGCCCAGAACAAGCCUAGUAUUGCAGAGAUGGGCUGCUACGGUCUUGGGGUAACUCGUAUCCUCGCUGCAGCCAUAGAGGUGUUGUCAUUAGAAGAGGGGAUCCGCUGGCCAGGCCUUAUCGCCCCUUACCAGGUGUGCGUUUUACCCCCGAAGAAGGGCAGCAAGAUUGAUGAGGCGGCAGUCUUAGCUGAGGAACUGGUUCACACUUUGGGAGAGACAUUGCCUCGUCUGAGAGGUGAAGUUGUGCUCGAUGACCGUACACAGAUGACCAUUGGAAAGAGGCUGAAGGAUGCCAGCAGACUGGGCUACCCGUAUGUUAUCGUAGUAGGACAGGGAGCUCUGGAGGAAACACCCAGGUUUGAAGUGAUCUGUCAGCAGACUGGUGAGACGAUGUUUCUCAGUAAAGAUGGACUGUUCGAUCUUCUGGGAAGAGUGGAAACUGUAUGAAUAACAACUCUGAAUAUGGAAAUAAAUGUUUUAUUUUAUCUUUGUAUGUAUGAUGCCUUCGAUGAGGUGGUGGGGGAAGAAGAGAAAAGCCUUGUAUGUUUUUUUUAAGUUUUGUCUAAGAGGACAAUAAAGAUAAUAAUAUAAGUUAUAAAACCUAUAAUUUACAUGCUGAUUGACAUAAAAUUACUGUCACAACAAAAGCUUGAUAAUGGAUCUUUAGGAUGUUACGUUGCAUUUGGUUACUACCAUGAUGUAAUACACAAGAAUGGUUCAAAUUCAUUAAUUGCAGCCUUUCAUGUUCCCAUGUAAAUAAAAACACGAGAUGUGAACAGAAAUAAUGAACAUUUGCUGUCGUGUUUUAAUGAUGCAUCUGUAACAUACAAUUGACCUCUCGGUACAACAGAAUGCUGGCAUUUGGUAAAUACUGUAAAUACAACCAAGUCAGGGGAAAGU